AGUAGUCAAAACGUAAAACAACUACACAUCAUUCCAGAGCGAAUCGUCGACUGGAUAACAAAUUGGAGCGGCUGUGACGUGGCGUGUACCCACAGUUUCGUGCUAGCUGGAACGCCCGAGAGGAAAUUGACAGCAACAGGACAAUAACGGAAAAGAGUUAAAAUUGGUUAAUCAGAGAAAAGUAUUCUGUCCCUUUGUGUGUGUCAGUGUAUUCGUGAAAGAGAAUCCAACGCACCACACAACCAGUGCUGUACAGUACAUGCCAGCGUGGCAUCAUCAUCAACAGCAACUCCAAUCAACUACUCGCCAAUUCCAACAUUCCCAGCAAUCGGCCUGCUCGCGCCCAAUGCGACACUAGCAUGGCAGCAUGUGCACCGAACGGAGUAUCCUGUAUCGUUUUUAUAAUACUUUAAUUUUUAUGUACCUGAUCUACGUUACCCGUUCGUUUGGUGUGAUCCUCGAAGAAUACGUUGUGGACCAGGGACGCAACCUGACACUUCGUUGCGAUUCUAGUCAUCCGGUGAAAUGGGUUCGCGAAGGGCGACGAGAAGACGUGAGACAGCUUCAGAUGGAUGGGUCGCUAGUGCUGACAAAUUUAAGUGCCCAGGACAGUGGGCAGUACACGUGUGCGGCUGCCGUGACUACCCUCACCACUGUCGCCGAGAACGAGGAUUCCAGAGAAGACAAUACCACUCGCGCCAAUAUUAGCACGAGUCAGGCCAUUACUCAAGACGAAUUGAGUCGUGUCGAAUCAUACGCCAGUUACGAAAACGCAACUGGCAAAGAGAUAACACAACAAGAAGUGGAAAACGUCGUAGAUAGGGUGAAGCAUCAGAAAGAAGAGAUUGUAAAGGGUAACCGGGAAGCAUCGUCCCACCAGAUGGAGAACUUUGUCGAGUUGUUGAAGGUGAACGUAAAAGUGCGGACACCACCGUUGGCGGUUUCAAAUUUUUACGUACGGGCUUCCACCAUCAUCGCGGUGCUGGUGUGGGAAGUGUUGCCGAAUAGGACGGGAGGCUAUGCCAUACGUGACUUCACCGCCGAGAUGCGCCGAAUGCACGAUACUGAUGAUUCUAGGGAUAUAGACGAAGACAUACCUGAGCUGCCUUGGGAGACGAUCGAUCCGCGCCACAUCAGUCCGAACGCGCGUCAGCUAGAAAUCUACCAUCUAAUACCCAACACGACGUAUGAAUUUCGUAUCUGGGGUAAUAAUCAGCUUGGAGCCGGUGAGGUUGUCACUAUCUUGGCUACGACACAACCGCGCAUGGAAGAGAAAGAUCUUGUCCGGCGUAUUAUGAUCGACGCCAAGAACUUUGAUACUCGUGUUUGGAUAGCCGCGGUUGGCAUCGUGAUGGGUACACUCUUUAUCUUGUCGCUCGGGACCUGCAUUGUGCUGUACAAGGAGUGCCAUGAGCCAGCCGUGGCAGACAAAGAGGAAGAAUUGGACAGCCUGGAGCUGGUGCCGAACAUCAUCCUGAAUCCGGGCUUCUGUGACUCGGACGACCAGGGUCAGCAGCCGCUCUCUCCGCCUAUGCCUCACACUCCACCGCGUCAUCACUACAGUCCACAGCGUUACCUCGUGGGCGGUCGGGGGGGAGAAGCAGGGUGCCACCCGCUGGGUUGCGGUUCGUCCACCCUUAGUAACGGCACCAUUGCGAAUCGAGGUACUCGCCCGGAUGCCUGUGAUGCCGACGACGACGACGAAGGCGAAGACGAGCCUAUGACAUUCAGCCGCCGAAUGUCGAUCUUCUUCACCGGAAACACUAUCAAGCGGAUUUGAAUGAAUGAUUUUUUGGAGGACAGCGUACCAUGGCUGAGUACGCUGACCACAUUGGGGGAUCCUUGCUUCGUCUUUUUCCCAAGCUUACCCUUUAAGCAUCUACUUAAAAGCUUCUCUAACUCUUUCUUUUUCUAUCACUCAUUCGCUCGUUCUGGCUGUGAAAAUGGUGAAACUUGUCCCGGUUUUGUAAUGGCUCCGUUUUUGCGAGAUGUGCCUUGCUUUUCUCCGUUCCCACUUCCCCCCUCGCUUUCAUAGGAUAGGGUUUCCCCAUGUGCUGAUAAGUUGUAGAUUUUUUAAAGGUUGGAUAAAGUGUAACAGGCCAUGUGUGGGAGAGUGGAGAGAGAGACAUGCAGAUGCACCAUACUGUCAACAGUUCGACUUCUAAGAAAUAUUGAUUACAGCUACCUUUUUUUGGGAAUAUAUUUUUCUGAUUGUUCUUGAACCACAUAUAACAGUCUGGUGUUUAUUGCUAUUGUCAUAGCAACUUUGUUGUACUCUGAUUUGCUUGCGUCACCAACAACAACAGCUAUUGUUACUUUUCAAUAAUACCCAUGUUUUAUCUAAAAAGAGUCAUGUGAAAAUGUGAAAAUUCCUUUUUGGACGUUCGACGCAAAUCUUUUUUUAAAUAGUUUUUCCAUAUUUUCUACUUGAACAUCGGCUGAAAUGAAGAAUCAUGUUUGCAUAGAAGAAGUUGUAAAAUAAACAGACAGGCGAACAUAUUGAAAAACGGUGAAAGGAUCAAAAUGAUCGUUCAAAAACAUAUGUAUCCAAUAGUCACAAUUUUAAUGACAAUGGAUGCUUUGAUAAUAAUAAAAUAAAAAAAGGAGAAAAUAAAAGGAAAGAAACAACCCCGUUGAAUUUACCUUUAAAUGUGAUAAGGAGCAGGAUUGCGUCCCCGCGUGAAAGACGCCGUGCCGCAGAUUACACAUAGCUGCUUCCUUUCACUUUUGUUGUUGUACAAUAAGAAAUUUACCGGUUUAUGCCGAAUGUGAAUUAUUAGUUUGCAUUGAAAAUAAUACCAACCCUAAACAACAUUGGUUACAACAAUGAAAUGAUUUUCGAACACUAAUAAAGAUGAAAGAGCACCCAAAAGGUUUUUACCAUUGAUUGCUCUUCUUCGUCUUGUUGUUGGAAUGUUGUUCAAUUUACAGGUUCAACACGCUUUGCUUUAUGAACGCUUGGCUUGAACCAAAAAAAUGAAUAUUCGUGAAAUCGCAGCGACAACGCGCAAAGCAACUCAAAAUAAUGUACUCGCAACACCGGCUAUACCAAUCACAAAUAAAGUAAAUAACUACCGUAAUUGUUGAGCUACUCAGAACCAUUGAGCUUGGAGAAGCAGAAAUAAAAAACAGAAAAUACAAAAUAUCGAAAACAAAUAUCACAUACACACAUAAAACCAACAUUUCCACUCAUGAGAACUUGGAAUAACGUUAAACCAAAAAUAGUAAAAUGAAAGCGGAGCUGUUUUAUCGUGGACAUUGUUGCGACACAAAAAGACACAUCACCACUACGUCACAUGUUAGAUAACCGCAAAACAACAAAUAAAUAAAGAUGUUUAAAAAGCAUACGCAUUAGUAAUAUACAUGAUGCAAGAGCAAGAAAAUUAACAAAAGAAGAAAACAAACAUAAAAGAAAACAUCACUUUACUGAGCAUUAUUACGGUGUGCGGGUACAUCGUAUGCAUGGCGGAUGUAACGGAAGCUGUUUAAUGUUGCAAUCUUAUACAGCAACUUCGCCGCAACCUAAAUCGAGUGAGAAUCGAGCAGAGUAUAGACGACAGCCAGUGCUAUAUUAGAUAAGUAUUUAAAUACAGCAAUACGCAAUAGAUAAAAAAUCAAAACACCUUAAUCUAGGAACGGGAAAACGUUGAUCAAUAAUUGACGUUGAAACAAUAAAAGCAUAAAACAAUACAGCUAUUUUUACUAGCCGCUUUCUUGGAUCGAUUGCUACAUGUAUUAGCACUGGAGCUGAGUUGUACAUUAUCUACAGAUAAUUCUGAAGCUUUGAAGAUUUCGUUAAAACAGUUGUUUGCCUCGUUUAUAUUAAGAAUUCAAUCAAUGAGAAAGGGAUAGAGUUUAUAAUCUAUCUAUAAACUAUAACUACCCUUCUCGCUUUUGUCGCUUUGGAGGUGUGGGACUACGCGAAACCAUAAGGCAAAAACUAAAGUGAGGUUAAAACAUGUGUAUAGGUCUAUUUUUGAUCUGUUUAGCGGAGUCGACCCCCGCUGAUAGAGCAGUC